AUGACCAACCCCGCCGAUGAGAACGCAAUGAAUGGAGCAGAGUCUAGUACAACCGGUGCUCUCCCCUCGGGUACCAUUCACAGAAAUGCCCGAGCCGGAUCCACAAGACUGAUCCCUUCCGACAUGUUGCCGGUCCGGGUUUGGAACUUUCAUGCUCCGGGCUUUGGAGAAUUUUACCGAGCGCCAAUUCCAGCUGCAAUUCCUCCAAAGGUUCUAGUCGCCACUGCUGCCGCACUGCCUGCCGCAACCCCUGCCGCAACUCUCGUUGUAGCUAAUGCCGCAAUCCAAGCCGCCUCUCCGUCCAGGAACGCUGCUGGUCAGAAGCACCCCCUCGUCGACAGCGACAGUAGCGACGAACCUCCUAGAACCCGUGUCAGGGUGUCCGGUGGGGAGCCGUUGUGCAUCUCUGAAGAAUUGGAUGAUGAGAGCGACUGGUCGACAUGCAGCUCUGCAGAGUCGGAGGAUGAGCCGAGGCCCGUCACCGAGUACAUGCCAGCGGAUCGCUAUAGUUGGGCGGCGAAUAUCCUGAACCAGCUGAUGUACGCGGAGUUUGCGAAUUCUGCCGAGAUGGGGGCGUUCUAA